AUGAGUUUUCCCCCGCGUCAUGCUGCUGUGGAUGCAGCAGCACAACGCGCAGCAGCAGCAGCAGCGGCAGCUGCUGCUGCUGCGCAGUGGGAACCGCACGCAGCUGAAAGUAGUAGCACAUUCAUACCGCGCCAGCAGGUGCAGCAACAGCUGUUGCAGCAGCAGCUGCACCAGCAGCAGCUGCACCAGCAGCAGCUGCAGCAGCAUCAGCACGAAGUGAGUUAUGGAAUCUCAUUCUCCUCUCCGGCUGCAGCAGCAGCAGCACACGUGCCCAUCAGCAGCAGUAUGGGCAUACUCGGCAGCAGCAGCAGCAGCAGCAGCAGCAAUUUUUUUGUGCCCUAUGGGGGUGCUGCGGAGGCGUACCCCCUGCCUCUGCAGCAGCAGCACAUGCUGCAGCAGCAGCACCUUCUGCAGCAGCAGGCAGAGUUUUAUCCUUGGGCUCCAUGGAGAGACAGCAACUAUGCGGUGACCAGGGGAAUGACGUAUCCUGCAGCAGCAACAGCAGCAACAGCAGAUGAAGACUUAUGGCCUCCUCUUUGCCCCGCAUUGGGCCGCGGUGGUGCUGCACCAGCUGCAGCAGGUGUUGCAGCAACAACGCGAACGGCAGAUGAAGCAGCAGCAGUCGCAGCAGCAGCAGCAGCAGAAGAUGCUGCUGCUGCUGCGGCUGCUGCUACAAUGGACCCAGAUACAGUUGCUGUUGAGGCGCUGCUGCAAUGUAAAGAAUUUAUGCGCCUAGAGAAGCUGGUGCUCCGCGCCAUUGACCGUAUAUGCCGCAGCAGUAGCAGCAACAGCAGCAGCAGCAGCAGCAAUAGGAGCUGGAUGCAUCCCAUUGCUGAUACUGCUGCUGCUGCUGCUGCUACACGGAUAGGAGGCAGAGUGUGGGGCCCACUAGCAGCAGACCGCGGCAGCCACCGGGGGUCUUUGAUAAAGGAAAGCCAUUUAGGGCAGGCGCAGCAGCAGCUGCUGCUGCUUGCUGCUGCAGCACGGCGCUGCAGGAGCAGCUUGUGGAUCGCCAUGACAGCUGAAGAUGCAGCAGCACACGCCCUGCAGCAGCAGCAGCAGCAGGACCCCGAUGCUGCUGUUCUUGCUGCUUUUUCUGCUGCUUCUGCUGAAGCCCAAGCAGCAGAAGUGCAACCAGUGCUGCAAACAAGCAGAGAGCAGCGCCAGCUGCUGCAGCGGCAAGUGAGGCAGCAGCUGCUGCUGCAGCAGAUUCAGCAGCAGCAGCAGCGGCAGCAACAGCAGCAGCAGGGAGCUGAGGGUUCCAAACAGCACAGCAGCAUCAACAACGACAUAUCUGCCACCUUUCGGCAGCAAAUGCUGCAGCAACUGCAGGCACAGGAGCAGCAGCAGCAGCAGCAGCAGCUGUUGCAGCAGCAGCAGCUGUUGCAGCAGCAGCAGCUGCAGCACCAGCUGUUGCUGCCGGGUCCAGCAAUACCCACACACUUCAGCAGCAGCAACAGCAGCAUGAACAGCGGUAACAACAAUGACGACCCCAGCAACAGCAGCAGCAGCGGCAAAAUCGACAUGCGUUCUGCUGUGCUGCAGCAGCUAGCUCGAGCAAAUAGACCGGCAUCUGCUGCAGCAGAUCCUGCCGGCAGCAGUAAGGCGAGCAGCAGCAUCGCGGACAAUAGCAGCAGCAGCAACAGCAACAACAGCAGCAGCAGCACACCUGAGCUGCGCACAAGAUCCGCCCCCAUAAGCACAGUCUCUUGGCAGCAGCAGCAGCAACGGCUGCAACGGCAAGAGGAGCAGCAGCAGGCAGCGGCAGAUGAAGGGCUAGGUUUAGGUCAGGUGCAGCGUUUGCUGUUGCAGCUUGCUGCUGAGGGGCCUGAGCAUUUGCUGUUGCUGCGUCGGCUGCUGCUGCUCGACUGCAGCAGCACCCCACAGGACUUGGAGGAUCAGCAGCAGCAGCAACACCAGCAGCAAUGCCGUGUUCGUCUCCCCCCCCGCCAUGUGCUGUAUAGAUGGUUUAAAGAUGGCAUAAGGAAAUAUCCAGAGGUGCUGUGGCUGCUGCAGCAGCAGGAGGAGCAGGAGGAGCAGCAAGAGCAGCAGCGGGUGUACAUAGCCCAUGGGAUAGAGUACGGCGAGCUGCAGCAGCAGGAGGAACCACAGCUGCAGCAACACCUGCGGCUGCACUCGAAGCAGCAACAGAAGCAACAAGAAUUGACACUAUCUGCUGCUGUCCGCGUUGCAGUACAAGAAGCACAUCUGCUGCAGCAGCAGCUGCAGUCGUUAGAGCAGAGCAUGCAACAAAUGGAGCCCUUGCUGCUGCUGCAGCUGCUGCUGCGGCUGCGGCCCCUCUGCAGCAGCUUUCAAAACGAGCUGGAGCAGCUGCAGCUGCAGUCUGCUGCUGCCACCGGCGCUCCGGCUGCCCUUGUUCCUGCUGCUGCUGGAGCAGCAGCAGCAGCAGCAGCAGCAGCAUCAGCAGUUCCUUAA